UGUGUGGAGAAGCCAGUCUAUUGCUGUAUCUCCAUAAGGUCUAUAGUUUCAAUCAGGUACAUGUGGAUAAGAAUACUGCGUGAGGUUACUGUUCACAGAACUACUAGUUUAUUAUUUGUUUACGAAUAUUUUCUUGGUUUCAGUUGUUCGAAUACGAGAGACUGGUGCCGAUGCUUUUGCACAUAGUUUCCGACAUGGAGCAGGAAGGCUUUGUGCAGAGAAUCGGCAUCUAUCUGCUCAACUCUCUCGCUUGUCAGGUCGAUGGCUCCCAGAAGAAAUUGCUCGGUGAACUCGGAGCAAUAGAUAAAAUGCUAGCGCUAAUCGAUGACAGACUUCGGCGUGCCAGAUGCGAUGAUGUCCUCGAAGUGGCCUGGUCGACCAUGUGGAAUGUAACCGACGAAACAGCCGAAAACUGUAAGAAAUUCCUCGAAAGAAAAGGAUUGGAGUAUUUCCUGUCUUGUCUCAGGCUGUUCCCCAACAAGGACGAGCUGAUGAGGAACAUGAUGGGGUUGCUAGGCAACGUGCCGAGGUGAAGGCGCUGAGACCCCGGUUGAUGACGUCACGAUACAUCUCGGUUUUCGCUGAGCUGGUCGAUUCGACCAGCGAUGGAAUCGAGGUGAGCUACAACGCGGCAGGAGUGCUGUCGCACAUCGCUUCGGACGGCGAGGAAGCGUGGAGCAUCAAGGAACCGUCGCGUUGGUUGGUGCUGUCGCGCAUGGUGCAGGCCAUAGAGCGCUGGAACCUGCGUUCGGAUCGCAACAUCAACUAUCGAUCGUUCGAGCCGAUUCUGCAGUUGGCGCGUGUCCGACAUACGCCUGAGUGCCAGCACUGGGCUGUGUGGGCCCUCGCCAACCUCACCACUGUCUACCGUCAGUAGCCAAUCUAUUUAUCUAUAGAGAAGUCCACAUUAUAAUGGCAGUGGAGGAAAAUAGCAGAACAACGUUGCCGAUCCUCUGUCUUGUCAAAGACGGUAGCUGAUACAGGUUUAUUGAAUCAAAUGUUUCUGGUAAUUUCUGUAACGUCGAGCGCUUAGCUCUAGGGACAAACUAAUUCCGCUAGAUUGCUCCAGUUCUACUAUUCACUUGCUGCCCGCAUAGCAGGCGUAAAACCGUGCUUUAAAGGUACAACAUACCAGCGGCUAUUAUUGUGUCUAUAAAAGAAGUUUAAGCAUCAACUUUAUUCAUCAAGAACAGCGCUACAAGUUGCUAUGAAUUUGAAGUCUAUAGAACGAGCAUUGAAUGUGAAAAAGGAGUUUAAAAUGCAU